AUGAGGAAAAUAUCUGAUACAAACAAUACACCUGUGUCGGACGGAGACAUGACAGGUAGAAAGGUGUCUGGAUCUCUACUGGGUACGAACGCACGAGCAGUGACCCUCGCCAGUGACAACUACGACCCACCAGGUGGCCUCGCCGUGGCGGUGACUGGCUGGGGAGCCACGUACACCGAUGGACCGUCCGCCAGUAGUCUGCUCAAGGUGGACAUCAGCAUCUUGGACCGCAACAUCUGCAAAAACAUCUUCGCCAAAAUCAACACUGUGACCGACCGCAUGGUGUGCGCCGGCCAGGCCUGCAAGAGUGUCUGA